AUGGAGUUGGAUGGUAUGUAUCUGAUCGGUUUCUACGAAGUGGGAAGUCCAGUGACUGGAUGGCAUAUGGUGCGCUAUCAGGUUAAAAACGUAAGUAUGCUGCAUUACGUGCAAUCAAGUGGCCGAUAUGCGCUGAUAAUAUCGAGCGACGAAGAACGUGAAGACAAAGCUUAUGAGUACUUUGUCACCUUAAAUUGGCCAGUGAAAAGGAUGCGGUCCGAGCAACCACAUUUAGGAGCAAUGUCUUCGGAGAGAGAGGAUAUCUACGAAAGUGUUGCUUUGCGAUUUCUCCCACUUGGCAGCGACGAUAAUGUGUUUUCGAACAGUGAAGCCUAUCGUAAGAACAAGCAGCUCAAGCAGUUCAAGGAUGAUUAC